AAGUGGGUUAGUUACUUCCUGAGGAGCAUCCUUUUUAUUUGGCUAUGUUUGGCACGUGUUAAACAUAUUUUUGAGGAUCAUUUUCCUUUUUUUGUGGCUGUGAGGACUAUUGUGCUUUGACCUGGAGGCUUCUUUUGAAUGAUUGGAUAUGUUUGCCAGCAUCAUGAAAAGGACUCCAUAGGGUGGCUGAUGUUUUUGUUGCUUCCUAAUGACCUUUUUUAACCUAAUUACGCAGGGGCGGGUCAUUUUACUGCACAUGAACUGAAAAGUGUGCGCUUUUCUGCAAUGAUUUCCUGGCUAGUUUUAGAUUAAUUCUGUUUUCUGGCUGAGACACAAUUUAUCUCUUUUGUUUACUGACUGACUGACUCCCUAUAGAAUGUAUUGUGUGAUUGACUGGCUGACAAUGAACUUGAUAUUUCAGUAAACACUGGCUGAUUGUUUUAAAUUCAUUUACUGGCUAUCUGAGCUGCUUUUAUUCCCUGACUGGCUGGUUAUUGUACCUUUGCCUGGCUGCCAAGCUGAUUAUUUAACACGCCAUAAUUCCUGGUUUUGCUGACUGGCUAGGAGUAGCAUCAUAUGUGUCCCCCCAAUUUGUUAUUAUAUGGAUUUGAAGGAGGCAUGGUGAAGGAGAGAAGAAGAUCAACAUCCUAAAGCUCAAAGAAGAAAUUACAAGACACAAGGAGCAUCAGAGAGAAAGGAAGAGAUCAAUUCACAGGAGAACAUUGGAUUAUAGUGAGCAGAAGGAGGGGGUGAUUGUCGGGAAAGGAAGGGUGACGAACGGAGGCGUGGCAGCGGAGAGAGAGAGAGAGAGAGACAGGAGGGGAGGAGGGUGGAUGCGACCCACACCCUGAGAUGCUGAGCUGGCUGAGAGAAGACGAGAUGUCGGUCCAGGAGCUGCUGCAGAGGGUGCAGUGUGUCAUCACUCAUGUUGAUGAGAUCAUGCAGCAGGAGAUCCGGCCGCUGCUGGCUGUGGACAUCAUAGAGCAGCUCCACCGCCAGUUCGCCUUACUCUCAGGAGGGCGAGGGAAAGAUGGCGCCCCCAUCAUUAUUUUCCCAGAGUACUCGAGCUUCAGUGAGGUGCCGGAGGAAGACUUCCUCAAUGUCGUUACCUACCUGACCAGCAUACCCAGUCUGGAUGCUGCCAGUAUCGGCUUCAUCAUCGUCAUGGACCGGCGGAAGGACAAAUGGAGCUCAGUGAAGGCCUCUCUGUCCAGGAUCGCUGGGGCGUUUCCUGGAAACCUGCAGCUGGUGUUGGUGCUGAGGCCGUCCAGGUUCUUCCAGAGGGCUAUAUCAGACAUUGGGUUCAAGAUGCACAAAGACGACUUUAAAAUGAAGGUACCGAUCGUGAUGCUGAACUCAUUGUCAGACCUGCACAGCUAUGUGGAUAAGGGCCAGCUGACGCGGGAGCUGGGAGGAUCUCUGGAGUACUGUCACAGUCAGUGGAUACACCACCGCACUGCCGUCGAGAACUUUGCCAUGACAGUGAAAACCACAGCCCAGAUGCUGCAGAGGUUCGGGUCAGCUCUGGCAGAGACGGAGCUGCCCAAUGACGUCCUGUGCACCAAAGACCUGCUCACAGCACACACCGACAAACACACCAACCUCAAGGAUGAACUGAAGUUAGCUUUGAAGCAGGGAACCACCUUGUUAGGGUGUAUCAAGGAGCAGGCGGCCAAGUCAGAGAAUCACCAACUGAACCCAGACGAGGUGGAGAACCAAACCACUGUGGAAAGGCUCCUAGCCCAGCUGGAUGAGACGGAGAACGCCUUUGAACAGUUCUGGUGUAAACACCAUCUGAAACUGGAGCAAUGCCUGCAGCUCCGCCACUUUGAACAGGACUUCAGAGAGGUUAAAGUGUCUCUAGACAGUUUGAUGGACAGUCUAACCGGCCUAUCAGAUAUUGGGGAUUGCGUGGCCAGAGUUGAAUAUCUGCUCAAAGAACUGAAGACACUGGAGGAGAAGGCUCUGCCCACACUAGAGAAGGCCCAGCUCCACGCACUGCACGGAGACCAGCUGAUCCAGAGCGACCACUACGCUGUGGACUCUAUCCGACCCAAAUGCGUGGAGCUCCGGCGGGUCUCUGACGACUUCAGCAACGCGUCCAAUAAAAAGACAGAUGUCCUGUCCAAAUCCCUGCAGAUACACAUGGGCAUUGACAAGGUUAACCAGUGGUGUGAGUCUGGCAUCUACCUGCUGGCCUCCCAGGCUGUGGAUAGGUGUCAGUCACAGGAAGGGGCGGAGUCAGCACUGACGGACAUAGAACACUUUCUGGAGUCUGCGGAAAACACUGAAUUGACUGAACUGAGGAACCUUCACAAUCAGUAUGAGGUCGUCCUGUCCGAGGAUAUCAAGGCCAACGUACUGAAGGCCCUGAAGCGCCUGGAGGACGUGCAGGAGAUGUUCCAGAAGCGGCACGUCAGUCUGAAGAGGCUGUCGGCCAAGCAGACACGACCCAUCCAGCCCGUCGCCCCACGGCCCGAGUCCUCUCCCAAACGGCCGCCUCUGAAGACCCCCCCCAGGACCACGGGAGUCCAGCAGCCACUGGCUCGCAGAGCGUCUGAUAACACCAACAGUGGCAAGCCGCCAGUCGAAGCUGACCCCAAGAAGAAGAACAUACGCAAAGCCAAAGGAGGCAUCAAGAUUGAGGUGAUGCACGAGGAAAGUCAAGGAGGCUCCACCCACGUUGUUGUGACCAGUGAGACGGCGGAGAGUCUAUCCAACAGACGCAGACACAUCAUGACGGAGCUGAUUGAAACAGAGAGGCUGUAUGUGGAGGAGCUGCAAAGCAUCAUGGAGGGUUAUUUUGCAGAGCUGGAUAACUCCGAGCUCAGCCACCUAAUCCCCCCCACCCUGGAGAACAAAAGGGAUGUGCUGUUUGGCAACCUGCCAGCCAUAUACGAGUUUCACAACAGGACAUUUCUGAGGGAGCUGGAGAACUGUGCGGAGAAACCAGAGCUGGUGGGGACGUGUUUUCUGAAAAGGAAAGAAGAGCUUCAGGUGUAUGAGAAGUACUGCCAGAAUAAACCCCGCUCUGAAGUCAUCUGGAGACAGUGUGGAGACAGCCUCUUCUUUCAGGAAUGCCAGAAGAAGCUGGACCACAAACUCUCUCUGGAUGCCUACCUGCUGAAGCCUGUCCAGAGGAUCACCAAAUACCAACUCAUGCUCAAGGAGAUGUUGAAAUGCAAUAAAGGCGAGGGGACGGCUGAGCUGGAGGAGGCUCUGACCACCAUGCUGGACAUCAUCAAGUCUGUCAACGACUCCAUGCACCAGAUAGCCAUCACUGGUUUCGAGGGAAACCUGAGUGAACUGGGAAAGCUGCUGAUGCAGGGAUCCUUCAACGUGUGGACCGACCACAAGAGAGGCCACAGCAAGGUGAAGGACUUGGCCCGGUUUAAGCCGAUGCAGAGGCAUCUGUUCCUGUAUGACAAGAUGAUGCUAUUCUGUAAGAAACGAGAAGAGACGACAGACGGACACGACAAGACCCCGUCCUACAGCUUCAAACACUCUCUCAAGAUGAGUGCAGUGGGGAUCACAGAGAACGUGAAAGGCGACAUCAAGAAGUUCGAGGUGUGGUACAACAACAGAGAGGAGGUUUACAUCAUACAGGCUCCUUCCAUGGAUGUGAAAAACAAUUGGGUGUUGGAGAUUCGUAAAGUUCUUACAGGCCAACUCGAGGCGUGCAGAGAAGCAAGCCAGCACAACAUCUCUGGGGCCCCGAUGAGGAAUGUCUACAAGAAGGCACUGAGACAGUCGGAUUCAUCAAGUCCAGAGUCAGGCUUCAGGAGAUCCAACCCCAGCCCUAACAUGAGGCAGAAGAGAGUUGAUGCUUCAGCCAGCCAAUCAGGCCUCUCGGCUGCUAACGCUAGGAAACGCUUCACCUUGCAGGGACUUUCCAACAGGAGGUCUCUUCAAGCAGCUCCUGCUGCUAAGGAGGCAGAGGUCACCCGGCGCUUCUCUCUCGCCUCCUCCCUAACCUCCUCUGCCUCCUCCACUUUCGCCGCACGACGCACAAAAGGUCCCCUGUCUGCUAGCAUAAAGAGCAAAAGACAUGAGAUAAAGAGUGAUCCCACUCCAUUUGGUUAUGAAGGUUGGGCCCAGCGGCGUCAACCCUUCCAUGGACACAGACGACUUGAGACGAUCCCCUCCAGUGCUGAGGAAUCCUCCAACUCUUCAGAAGAAGAAGGCAACAAUAAAAAUGGAGACAGCAGUCGUUACCGGGUGCAGCUGACCUACCAGUCCCGUGAUGCACAAGAUACCUCUCUGGGGACGGGGGACCUGGUCCAGUUUCUGGAGGAGGCGGAGAGCGGACACUGGUUAGUGAAGAACCUUUUAACAGAGGAGACAGGACUGGUUCCUUCCAAUAUACUGCAAACAGCAUCUGAAGAUAUCUUCAGUGAUCUGUGUACAGCAGUACUCUCUGACUCGGAUGAAAAUGAAGCCAGUACGUGGGGAGAUGUGUCUCAAGACAGCUGAUGAACCUGGCUGACUAUAUUGGACUACAAACAUUUUUGUUGGAUCGCAAACAUGGUUUUUCAACCACAGUUUCCUAGUUUUCUACUUGUAGUUAUUCAUGAUGGACUACAAAUAUGGCCUGCUAUCCUUUGUUCAACUGUUUUCAUGUCUGACACUUUGAAGCUUCUCUGUGAAGCCUCUGGAAAAAGCUGGAACCUUAACAUGCCAGAAUGCCACAGCGGGAGAGCUAUAUAAGACUUUUAAUUCUAAGAACUACAAGCUGUCAUCUGUGGAGAUUGAAAACCUGAAUCGUUGUGGUUAUUGGACUUUACUGGAUGCACUCAGAAAUUGUACUGUAGACAAUGCAACUCCAGAGUGGUUGGGCUGAAUACCUAAAACACUCAGUUCCCAUUUCUGACUUUGAAAACCUUAGGGAAUGUGAUAAAGUCUGUGUGCUGGUUGUGAGCAGACCUUGGCAAGGUGCCUUGUUUUGCUGCUACACUUCGCUGAAGUAAAAUUCUUUCAGACCAGGUUCUGCCUCUGCUGUCGCUCAACUCUUCAGGUUCAAACUAUGACACCUUGCAGUAGCUGCAUGCUCCAGAACAACUUUGAAGUUGUCUCACUUGCCUUUACUCACUCUUGUAGAACCCCACAUAAUGUCAUUGCGUUACAUCAGAUAUGUUAUCUCAAAGUGCACUCUUGCACCCUGUAGACUUGCAAAAUAAAUAUCUCCCCUUCAUACUUGAAGUUACCCCAGAUAACCCUGUCAUUAUACAAGAAAAAUAAUUGACAUUGGUUUUAUUCAAUCUGAAAUAAUUUAGGUCAUGUCCUCACAUGUGUAAUACAGAUAAAAUAUGAUGUUUUGGUCGGAAACCUUUUAUAUGUAAAUCAUUGUUUAUUUUGAUCCAUGAUACCAUUUUUGGCAUAGGCUAGAAGGUUUCAUGGUUGGAGAUGUUAACAUUUUGUACAAUUUUUCCAUGUAUUCUACUUAUUAUGUUUGCUGUAAUGCAUUUACAUGUUCUUCUUUAGCAAAAAUAACAACAUUUUAAACAGUAAGUGAUAUAGGAAUAUCACACUAUCUGUCACUCACUUAGGACAUUUGAUUGAUUACAUAAUUUAUCUCAACAACAUUGGCAUCGGCUCAUAGCUAGCAAUGUUCAUACACAUCGAUUAUCAGCGACCAGAUUGAUUGUAUUUUCACUAUAGAUACUAUGAAGAAUCUGAAUACCGGUUGUGUAGCUGAAUUCAAUAGAGCGGUGCAGCGAUGACAUAUUUUGGGGUUUCUUCGACAAUAUUAGCAACAGGAUUUGUCCAUUCGAUUUUAGAAGGGUUCAGAAAAUAAGCUCUAUGGCAAACAUAUUUAAGAUUAUUUUUGAACCCUUAAUACAAUCCGCAGAAGUAAAAGCUAAUCUUAGGUUAUAAACUAACUACAUCAUGGUCGAACGGCUUAUUAUCAAGACCACUAAGCUAACGGCAGACUUGUGUUUAGCAUGACAUUUUUUAGCCAAGUGUUAGCAACCUCUGUUUUUAUGAAACAGAGAAGCUAUAGAUAUUCACAACUUGGGAAUUUACUGACCAACUUUAUAUUGAAGAACAACACUUUUAAAGUUUCUGUCUCACAGGCCGCCUUUCAGGAAUCUAACCCAAAACCCAGGAAGUGCUAAAAUGCUAACUAAUUUCUGUGUUUUAGUACUUACUACUGCACUACUCUAUUGCCCAGCUUUGCAUCAGCAUUAUCAGAUUCAUCAGAGUCUUGUGAAGUCCAAGUUGAAACCAGUGUUUUUGUUACUGAAAUAUUAGCAUUUGUUAGCUCUUUGUAAGCUAAGCUGCAAAGUCAUGUCAGGGAACAGGCAAUUUGCUGCAAGUGAUUUUUCAGGGAGAUGCUUUUUAUCAGGCUGCACCCAGGCUGUUUCCUACCCACUGAAGUUUCUUUCAUGGAGAGGGAAUGGAGAACAUUACAGUAAAUGUAAAUAACUGUCAUUGCCAGUCUAACAUUGCAUCAUUUUCGGCUGAAGAUCAAUUGUUCUGUAUGUCCGCUGUAAUGUUGUACACCAUUUUCCCUAAGAGGCUUUCCGCAUUGUUUUGCAUAUCUACUGACAGAUUGAAUUCUACUGACUAUUUACUGAGAAAUCCCAGACAGCAUCACUGUACUCCGGAUAGACGGCAUGUCCCAGAUAGCUUUCUACACAUACUCAUUUACUUAUGUAAAUGAAAGGAGAAAUUGAGAUUAUUUUAUAAUCUGCAUAUUGACCUGAGGACUGAAUACAUGUAUGUAACUGGAAUCAGUCUUUAAAAGCAACGCCCCAACGUUGAUAAGCAAUUAAAAAUGAUGCAUAGAUGGAUAGGUAUACUGGUGGAUAUAUGGAAGUAUAAAGUAAGUAGGUAGGUGGGGUGGAUGGAUGGAUGGAUGGAUGGAUGGAUGGAUGGAUGGAUGGAUGGAUGGAAGUAUAAA